CGCUUCUUCUUCAUCCUCUGGUUCUUCAGAAAGCAUUUGCCGCUUGCGAGGAUUUUCGAAGGCUUAACGAGCUCUUAAGAUUUCAAUCUCUUAGGCAAUCCAAGCAUGGGGCACUCUAACGUCUGGAACUCGCACCCUAAGAGCUAUGGUCCCGGCUCCCGCACCUGCCGGGUUUGCGGAAACCCUCAUGGGUUGAUCAGAAAGUACGGGCUUAUGUGCUGCAGACAAUGCUUCCGCAGCAACGCCAAGGAAAUUGGGUUCAUCAAGUACCGCUAAAUGGCCUAGUUUUCUCAGUUCCAUUAAGGGUCGAUGGAGGGAAUAUGGUUGCAGCUUUUUCAUAUAUAUAUAUAAGAAGGAACCUUGAAUUUCGAUUCUGUCUCUAGUUAGUUUUUUUUUUUCUUUUUUCUGGAAUCUUCAGUUGAUUGUUGAACUUAGACUACAACAAUGUUUAUUGAUUUUGAAGAUUUAAGUUAGUGUUUUUCAUUCAGCA